AUGAGACCCAUCUUGCUUUCCGGCCAUGAACGUGCCUUGACCCAAGUAAAGUUCAACCCCGAUGGCGACAUCAUCUUCUCCGUCUCUAAGGAUCACGUCGUGUGCGCCUGGUUCAGCGCCAACGGCGAGCGUCUCGGGACCUACCACGGCCACGUCGGUGCGCUAUGGACCGUCGACGUGAACCUGGACUCGACCCUGCUCGCGACGGGCGGUGCGGACAACACCAUGCGCCUGUGGGAGGUCAAGACCGGCCGCCUGCUCAAGACCUGGGAGUUUGAGACGUCCAUCAAGCGCGUCGAGUUCUCGCCCGACGGCCGCCAGCUGCUCGGCGUGACGGAGAAGCGCUCCGGCCACCUCUCCACCAUUGUCGUCUACGACAUCAUCCCCGACGUCGAGGCCGAGCAGACCAACGAGAGGCGCCUCCGGAUCAUCUGCGAGGAGAGCAAGGCCACGGUCGCUGGCUUCAGCUACGGCGCCAAGUACAUCAUUGCCGGCCACGAGGACGGCACCGUUUCGCAGUUCGAUGCCAAGACGGGCGAUCUUCUGAACGUCAUCGAGGCCCACGAGAUCGACAUGCAGAUUACCGACCUGCAGUGGUCUGCCGACAGGACCUACUUCAUCACUGCCUCCAAGGACAAGACCGCCAAGCUCAUUGCCACGGACGACCUCCAGAUCCUCCACACGUACGUUGCGGAUACGCCGCUGAACAGCGCGGCCAUCACGCCGGUCAAGGACUACGUUAUCCUUGGUGGUGGUCAGGCGGCCAUGGAUGUCACGACCACUUCGGCCCGCCAGGGUAAAUUCGAGGCGCGUUUCUACCACAAGAUUUUCGAGGAGGAGAUCGGUCGUGUGCGUGGCCACUUCGGUCCGCUCAACUACGUUGCGGUCCACCCCAAGGGCACGGCAUACUGCUCGGGUGGUGAGGACGGUUACGUGCGCGUGCACCACUUCGACAAGGCUUACUUUGAUUUCUUGUACGAGGUCGAGAGGGAGAGGGAGCAGGCGAACUUGUAA